CCUCACUCCACCACCUAAGCCCUUUUAUGCCCUGAUCGUCCACCCCAUUGCAGGCUACAACAAACGCCCCUCCCCCUUAAAUGAAUACUUCUGCUUCUGGUAGCGAGCCACAGAGGGCAGGAGAAACCGGAAAACGUGCCCUCAAAGCCAACAAGGCAUGCGUGCCCUGCCGUGCACGCAAGGUCAAGUGCGAUGCCGCCGUGACUGGCCUCCCCUGCAGCAGCUGUACCAGCAGGCAGUGUGCCAAGGACUGUGUACUGCCGGUCCGUAAGGGUCGGAUCAGGAAAGUAAUACGUGUUUUACCGACUCCUAGACAGAUUAGAGGCAUCCCACAAUCUUCCACUUCCGAUCCCUUGGACUGCCAAAGCCCACGUCAGACUGAGCCAGAUCUGCUCUACCUCAAUAUCCUAAACGACGCCGUGCAAGAAACUACAGAAUCAAGUCAUCAUCACACCACUUCCAAUACCCCCUGCCGUUCAAGGCCGGAAGACAAUUUUACUCCGCGGAACUGUCUAUGGACCAAGUUACCCCAAUUGGACGACAUUGACAAUGAAUAUCUUGUCAAGAAGGGUGUCUUUGAUCUACCUCCUCCGCGCCACUUAGAUGCCCUCAUCAAGACAUACUUUGACCACGUCUACCCCUUUGCUCCCGUGAUCAACAGAGCUGAUUUCAUUCGCGACUAUCAAUCCGGCAACUGCUCGUUGUUCCUGCUCCGCGUCAUAUUGACACCGGCCAGUCUCCAUGCGCCAGCAGAUGUGCUAUCCGCCUGCGGCUUCGCUAGCCGCUCGGCUGCGCAAGAUUCGUUCUUCUCCAAGGCCAAGCUGCUCCAUGACUUUGCCGCCGAAGAUGACCCGUUGUUGAUGCUGCAGGGAUCCAUCAUCUUGUGCACGGUGAUUCUCGACCACCCCACCGACCGGGACUUUGGCUACUGGUUCCACAACGCGAUCCGUCUUGCCACCAAGCUUGACUUACGCAAUACGUGUAUUCGAGAAGACAAACCCCGCAAACUCUUAGAGUCGUACAGAAGGAUCUGGUGGACUCUCUACUUUUUAGACAUUUUCCACGUCUUUAUCAAUACCAAACGCUCGCGACUACUCGAAAACACCUCUGCGAUCAAGCCUAGGACGGAAGAUGAUUGGGAAGCAGAGGAUGCCUCUGGAAUAUCAUCUGGCUUGCUAUCGGCAGUCACGCCUCAGCAAAAGGCCUCGCCUGUUAUCUACUGCGAAUUGUCUCGAAUAUUCGGAGAGUCUUUGUCCAUUGUGACAAACAAGCCACAGCAGGAUCCUCGCCAAAUGAUGCACCCACUCGAUGCAUGGCGCAGUUCUCUCGCUGCCAAGAUGCACGUGGGUGGGAAUACUGGAACUGACGUGUACUAUCUGAAUAUACAAUCCAUGAGCUACAGGUUUGAGUGCGUCUUGUGUCGUCUGAUACGACGCUGUUGGCAGCAGUCCCAACAUGCGGACUGGAGCGAGUGGGCCAAACAGCGGCUUCGGUCCGCUAUUCUGGAGUUAGACACGAUUGCCAUGAGGGUGUUGGCGAGUGGUACCCUUCAGGACUUUCCCAUAUCUUUCGUAACCACAAUAACUGCGCUGCUUGCUCUACACAUCGAAUCGGCCCUCGAUCCAGCCGAGACAGACCUCGUCCGUUCCAUGGCUCGGAUAUCCAUCAGCCAGACAAUGCUUCUUCUCAACCAGGGAAAAGAAAUACCCGCCCUGAAAAGAGCGCUACCGGUAUUUGAGGAGAUUCUUGCCAAGAAAAAUCUGUACUUGGUUCCGCCCAACAUUCUUGGUCAAGUACCUGCGCAGUCGCAGUCGCAGUCACAAGACAACAGCAUGGCGGAUGCGGAUGCGGAUGCGUAUGCUUCGCCACACACACAGGUCAGCGUAGUUUCGUCUCAAUUGGAGCAGUGUGAGAAUAAUCCGUCAUUCGAUGUGGAUUUCCUAGGAUUUGAUUUCUUGGACGAGUGGCAGAUUGGGCAACUGGAUUUUACUGGUCAAUAUUGACAUGGGUUUCCCAAGAACGGGCGGCAUCGAGGCGCAUGCAUUAUCUGGGGCGAUGUUAACCAUAUGGGAAUGAAUCUAUUAGCAAACAGAGCUUGGAAACUUUCCCGUCGUUCAGUUGCAAUAAUACAACCUGGGCCACUGCAGUAGCCAUCUUGUUCGCUUUAGUCUAAGAUGAGAAAUAUAUAGCUAGGUAGCUCAAGUUCCAAUUGACCUAGGUCUUCUAUCUAUAGGGAAUUAAAAAGAAAAUAAGAAAAC